AUGGGCGAGAGAUCGAGUAGGCCCACUAUCAAUGUUAAAAGCACAACCAACCCACUGAAGAGAAUCAAACAAAGAACUUCAAGCAGUUCUAGAUCUUCUAGACAAAACCCUUAUCACCAACACCAAGAUCAAGAAGAAGGAUGCUUCAACGUUUUCAUGGAUGAAGAAGACUUUUCUUCUUCUUCUUCAAGACACUAUCAUCCCUAUCAACAGCAGCAGACUUCAAACACUCCCACACCAACCACCACCACCAACACUAGCGGUGGCGCCACCACUCCAACUCAUCAUCAUCUUCCUAGUUAUGAUCAAUCGGCUGAUCAAUUCUCUUCCUCUUUUGAAAAUGACAUAAACCUAGAAUUUGCAUCAUCAUUCUCUGGCAAUAACAGCAAGUGGGCUUCUGAUAUCCUCCUUGAGACUGCAAAAGCCAUUGCUCAUAGGAACAGUGCUCGUGUUCAGCAGCUUAUGUGGAUGCUCAAUGAACUCAGUUCACCCUAUGGCGACAUCGAUCAAAGGAUUGCUUCUUACUUCCUACAAGCAUUAUUUAGCCGCAUGACCGACUCCGGUGAUCGUACUUAUCGCACUUUGAUCUCAGCUUCCCAGAAGAAUUGCUCUUUUGAAUCCACAAGAAAAAUGGUUUUGAAAUUCCAGGAGUGGCCUACUUUGCUUGAAGCCCUAGCCACUCGCACAGAUGAAACCCCUCACCUGCGACUGACGACGGUGGUGGCUGGAAAAGGUGGCGACACCACCGGAGGUGCGGCUGCAGUACAAAAGGUGAUGAAAGAGAUAGGAAGUCGGAUGGAAAAGUUUGCUAGACUUAUGGGUGUGCCCUUUAAUUUCAAUGUCAUACACCAUGCAGGUGCCUUACGUUCCGUUACAACACUCGGCAAUCGUAGGGACGUUUUGAUGUCCAUGUUUAGAAGAUUAUCACCUAGAAUUGUCACUAUUAUUGAAGAAGAAGCUGAUCUUGAUAUAGGUUCUGAUGGUUUUGAAUUUGUUAGGGGAUUUGAAGAAUGUUUAAGAUGGUUUAGAGUUUACUUUGAGGCAUUAGACGAAAGUUUCCCAAAAACAAGUAACGAACGUUUGAUGCUAGAGAGGGCCGCAGGGCGCGCGGUGGUUGACCUGUUGGCUUGCUCGCCGGCAGAGUCAAUCGAGCGGCGGGAGACUGCCACCCGCUGGUCAACUCGUCUACAUGCAGGGGGAUAUAGCCCAGUUUCAUUCAGUGAUGAGGUGUGUGAUGAUGUACGCGCUUUGUUGAGGAGGUACAGGGAGGGUUGGUCAAUGGCACAGAGCUCAGAUUCGGCCGGAAUAUUCCUUUCGUGGAAGGAUCAGCCAGUGGUGUGGGCUAGCGCAUGGAGGCCGGUUUGA